UCAAAAGCACCUUCUCUUCCUCGCUGACGUCACUUCCACGUGGCGCACCUGCGUGGCCGCCCCGGAACUUGAAGCCGAAGCCGAAAAACUUCUCAAUCGUCGCCAGAAAAGAACCACCGAAAAAAAAUGCUCCGGACACUCCGAUCCCGGCGGCGGCCCCGCUGCGGCGCCCACGCCUGCGCCCUGAUCUCCGCCGUCCUCCUCCUCCUCUCCGUCUCCCUCCUCUACUCCCGCCUCUCCUCCUCCACCACCGCCGCCUCCGCCGCGGACGCCGUCUCCGGCCGCAUUCUCUCCGAUCCCGCCGCGGACGCCGCCGACAGGCUCGACCUCGGCGGCGGCGGCGGCGGCGGGGACGACAGGAUCGACGAGCUCGACAUCGUCGACGAGGACGCCGACCGGAGCGGGGCGUCGAACUCGCGGUGGGAGGGCGAGGACCAGGACGACGACGACGACGACGGCGAGGCGGAGGCCGAUCGCUCGGCGGCCGUGGACAGCAGUUACUUCUACGACCACGUGACCGGGUCAAUGCGUCGAGCGUUCAGCAAGCGCUCGAUCGACGAGUGGGACGACGACGGCUCGAUCUUGGGCGUGGGAUCGGUUCCUGAUGAUCGCAGUAAGACGGCAUUUGGAUCCGACGAUAUUCCGGUGGACGAGGGUUUGAGGAGGAAGGUGACGGAAGUGAUGAGCGUGGAGGAUGCUCUCCUGUUGAAGGUGAACAAGAGGGUUUCGCCGCUGAGGGAAGGGUGGGGCGAUUGGUUUGAUAAGAAAAGCGAUUUCUUGAGGAAGGAUAGAAUGUUCAGGUCCAGUCUGGAUAUUUUGAAUCCGUCGAACAAUCCGAUGUUGCAGGACCCGGAUGGGGUGGGCGUGACUGGGUAUACUAGAGGGGAUAGAUUGGUGCAGAAAUGGUGGUUGAAUGAGUUCAGGAAAGUGCCGUUUUCUGUCAAGAAGCCAUUAGGGAUCUCAGCGGAUGGUCACGAAUUGCGAGAAAACAAUGAUGUGGCUAGUAGUAGGAAGGCCGGUAGCGCAGAGAGUCAAGAUGGUGAAUUUGAAGGGAGGGUUGAGGUUAGGAGGGCAGAGAGACGGACCUUAGAUGACGAUGUGAGGAAUGCAUCCGAUAGUGUUAUGGAAAAUGAUGGAAGUGAGGCUAAAGGACAUGUGGACAGCAAUUUGUCCGACAAAGGUAGUCAGAGUACGACAAUUCAUGAGAAUAGGCGGAGUUCUGAGAUCGAAGGUCAUGUAUAUGCAGAUGGAAGGAGAUGGGGUUACUACCCUGGUUUGCAUCCUGGGCUAACAUUUUCAGAAUUCAUGAAUGCGUUUUUUAGAACAGGUAGAUGUCACUUAAGAGUUUUUAUGGUGUGGAACUCACCACCAUGGAUGUUUGGUGUUCGACAGCAAAGGGCACUGGAGAGUCUGCUCUCACAGCAUCCAGAUGCUUGUGUUGUUGUGUUCUCUGAGACUAUCGAGCUUGAUUUCUUCAGAGAUAGCUUUCUCAAGGAUGGAUACAAAGUUGCUGUUGCCAUGCCAAAUCUUGAAGAAUUGCUGAAAGAUACGCCCGCACUCAUAUUUGCUUCUGUCUGGUUUGAGUGGAGAAAGACAAAGUUUUAUCCUACUCAUUUUAGUGAGCUCAUCCGGCUUGCUGCCCUUUACAAAUAUGGUGGAAUAUAUAUUGAUUUUGACAUCAUUGUGUUGAAAUCACUCUCUUCUCUAAACAACACUGUUGGUUUGGAGAGUCGGCUUGAUCGACAGUCUCUUAAUGGUGCUGUAAUGGCAUUCAGAAGGCAUAGCCCCUUCAUAUUGGAGUGCUUGAGGGAGUUCUACUCAGUUUAUGAUGAUACCCAGUUUAGAUGGAAUGGGGCUGAGCUUUUGACGAGAGUGGCAGGAAAUUUUUCAAGAAGUGGGAGAAGAGAAGUUGAGCUGCUGGAGUUGAAAGUGCAACCCUUCUUCGUCUUCUUUCCUAUUAGUAGCCAAGAUAUUAUGAGGUAUUUCGUUGCUCCUUCAACAGAGAUCGAACGUGCACAACAAGAUUCUCUUUUCAGAAAAAUUCUGGAUAAAUCCUUGACAUUUCAUUUUUGGAAUAGCAUUACUUCUUCUCUAGUUCCUGAGCCGGGAAGUCUUGUAACCAGGCUAAUUGACCACAGAUGUAUCCAUUGCUCUGAUGUAUUGUGAAGUUCACCCAAUUUUUCCCCAAGUUGAUUGAAGACUUCAGCUAGCACCCUAAUUGGCUAGAAGCAUUCACUGGUCAAAUGCGAGGAGAUUCAGGUUUUUGCUCUGAUAUGAGGCCCAGUUUUUGGUUAAGAGUAGGGGGCCCUAUGUAUUUCUUUCCAUGAAGAGGAGGGCUUACCACCUAUAGGAUCGGCUCCAGAAGGAAGCUGACCAUAUACGGGAUUAUGUUAGGGGGGCAUAUAUGUUGUUGUACAGUUAAUUCUUUUCUUUAUCGUCUGCGUUAAGAGUUCUCCUUUUCUUUUUAUUGUCAGUGCUUGUACAAAUGGAUUAGUGGGAAAAUGGAAACCGUGGUUCCCCCUUUUUAUAAUGGCAAAAAAUAAAAAUGUUUAUCCCCUGAAUUAAUAU